CACACACCAACCUCAGCACACCAAGGAGAGUACGUGGAGGAGCAGCCAUGGCUUCAUCGGUGGCCGCCGCGGCGAGCACAUUCCUGGGCACCCGCCUGGCGGACCCGGCGCCACAGAACGGGCGCAUCGUGGCCCGGUUCGGGUUCGGGUUGGGCGGCAAGGCGAAGCCUGCUCCGAAGAAGGUGGCGAAGACAUCGACCUCCUCUGACCGGCCGCUGUGGUUCCCCGGCGCCGUGGCGCCCGACUACCUGGACGGCUCGCUGGUCGGCGACUACGGGUUCGACCCGUUCGGUCUCGGGAAGCCCGUGGAGUACCUGCAGUUCGAGUUGGACUCGCUGGACCAGAACCUGGCCAAGAAUGAGGCCGGCGGCAUCAUCGGCACCCGGUUCGAGUCCUCCGAAGUCAAGUCCACCCCGUUGCAGCCCUACAGCGAGGUGUUCGGCCUCCAGCGGUUCCGCGAGUGCGAGCUCAUCCACGGCCGCUGGGCCAUGCUCGCCACCCUCGGCGCCCUCUCCGUCGAGUGGCUCACCGGCGUCACCUGGCAGGACGCCGGCAAGGUGGAGCUGGUGGACGGGUCCUCCUACCUGGGCCAGCCGCUGCCGUUCUCCAUCUCGACGCUCAUCUGGAUCGAGGUGCUCGUGAUCGGCUACAUCGAGUUCCAGCGCAACGCCGAGCUCGACCCGGAGAAGAGGCUGUACCCCGGCGGCUCCUACUUCGACCCGCUCGGCCUGGCGGCCGACCCUGAGAAGAAGGAGCGGCUGCAGCUGGCGGAGAUCAAGCACGCGCGCCUCGCCAUGGUCGCCUUCCUCGGCUUCGCCGUGCAGGCCGCCGCCACCGGCAAGGGGCCGCUCAACAACUGGGCCACCCACCUGAGCGACCCGCUCCACACUACCAUCUUCGACACGUUCGGAGGGUCCUCUUAAGCCCGCCAUUGCUCCGCCCCGUCCAUCGACCGGAACGUGUUCUUGGAUUAAUUAACUACGAUCUCUAUGAGCCUGGGGAUGGAUCAACCCGUCGUGCGUGGUCUCGUUUUGUGAUGAGUGGGAGAGAGAGGAUGACAAGAUCGAUCCUUUGUUAAUGGAGAUCUCGUUAAUUAGGAGAGCUACCGCUGGGACUUGGUGGUUUGUAAUAUAUGAUCCAACCAGUGAUGAAUCAAUGCAUUCACUUGUGUACACAUAUACAUAUCUACCUUGCAGAUUGAGAUGACCGAGGAUACAUGAUGCACUAUGGUUAGUUUUUGUUAGAUCGUGCGUGCGUGUGUGGCCUAAAUGAAUGCACGUAGUGACGAUGGGAGUUUUUAG